AUGAUGAACAGAAGAGGCAUCUUUGAAAAACAUUACAAAUCUUACUGAUCCCAAACUUUUGAACAGCAGUGUAUGUAUAUUUUUAUGUUUAUUAUAAAAAAAAAAGAAUGCACUUACCCAUCUGCUGUAGAAUGUUUCUGGUAAUUUUUUGACUAUUUGUAUAGUCUUUAAUUGGUUCCACUUGCAUUGCCAUUUGCAAGUCACUUUCAUAAAAGCAUCUGAUGAAUGAAUGUAAACUUAGAAUAUGCAUAAUAUUUGACAACCAGCAUUAGCAUGCAGUUCAGCCUUUGGGUAACUUUAUUGUACAGAAGGAGGACAGAAUUUAUGUAAACGUUUAUUGUAAAAUUUGAAAAACAAAAUCACUGCUUUACAUUUUACAUUUUAAUUGGUCGUUUGACUGAAAACUUCAAAGUUAUUGACAAAUCACCUUUGUGACAACUAACCCCGGUCUUUCAAAUGUAGUGGUCAAGAGGGGAAAACUUUAUUUUUAAGUUUUAUUAUCAUGGAAAUGGAUACUAUAACUUCACCACUAGGUGGCUAUAAACUUGCAGAUCCCGUUUUACCUGUAUUUGCAGACAAUAAGUAGACUAUGUACAAUACAAUUAUAUGUACAAUACAAUUAUACAAUACAUUAAGCAAACGAUAUAAGCAUGUCAUAUAUCUAUUGAAAUGCAAUAAUAACGCUACUGUUAAAUACAAAACUAUACAUCGCGUAUAUAAAAACGAAACAAAUAUAAAACAUAAAAAUCGCAGGUGCAGACAAAUCCUCCUCAGCUUCCCCGAGGUCGUCUCCAUGGGAACCGUUAUGAAAAACAAACGCGAGGCAAGAGUUACUGCGUGAGCUGAUAUGUAAUUGGAAAACUGUUGAAACGGCUUGUGGUCAAAGGAAAAUAUAAGUUCUUAAUAAAAGUAUUAAUUUAAGCACAUUUUGAAGGCUGAAACAGCAGCGAGUAAAUUUAUCCGGGAUGUCGGCAACUAUUAACCCGCUAGCAAAUCCUAAAGGAGUAAAGAAGCUGUGCGAACUUUGCCAGAAACCUGCAAAACUUCAGUGCACAAAAUGCCUGGUCACAUUUUACUGUAACUCUGACCACCAGCACGCUGACUGGGCCAGUAUUCAUGAAAAAGUCUGUCCGUUACUGGUAUCUAUCCACACACCUGCACCAUUCGGCACACUGGAGUCUGACCGAGAGCAUCACCACAAAGAAACACUGAAGAAACAGAAACAUCUAGUAGAGAUGGCUCAUUUAGAGUCGCAGAGGUGGGUGUCCAAGAAGAGGUUCCAAGAUGUGUUACCAGCUGCUCUCCUAUUCCUGCGCUGGGCCAUGAGGCUGUACGGAUCCUGUGCUGUUGAACUGGUACCAGCUUAUCUACUGCUCGCACAGGCUAAUAUAGGUUUAGGUUCUCUCUCCCAAGCACAUGAGUAUCUGUCUAAGGCCGAGUGGACAGUAAUGAAAACACCAGGCUGCAGUCACACUGUCCUUCAUCAGCUACACAGAACCCUGGGCCGCCUGCACGCUGCCAUGGGAAAAUACACAUCUGCUCUCACUCACUUUGCCAAUGACGUGUACUAUGCAAGUGAAAUGUUUGGUUUGGGUAGUACUGUGACAUCUGGAGGAUAUUUCCUUAUGGCUGAUGUGUUUCUGAAGCAAAACAAGCCUGACAUUGCCCAUUCACUCUACACAGAGGUGGCAAAUUCAUGGCACACUCACCUGUGUAAGCUGAUGGAUGGUAUCAGUCAGAGCGGCACUCAUCCAGAGAAGUGUUUUGAUGAGGCCCAGUGUGUGGAGGCUGAUCAGAUGCUGGGAUGUAUCUUAGAGUUUGAGGAACAGUGUGUGAAGCCUCGCCCUGACCUGUCAGCCAUGUUGGCACAUUCUCUGGCUAUGCUGUGGUUACUAUGCAACAACUACACCAAGGCAUUGGAGUAUGGGAAGAAGGCUGAGGUGUUGAUCCAGGGGUUAAGUGAGCAAAACAGACUGAGAGAGUCCAUCCAUAAUCUACUACAACAUGCUGGAAAACAGUUGGAAUGAGACUGGCCACUAAGCUACAUAACACAACCUUCACACAAUAUACAGCACAACAACAGUCAAACUUUGUCUUUACACUGUACAGUGUUCAUAGUCAUUCAUUCAAUCCAUGGACAUUGGGAGAUAUUGAUGUAUCAUUAAGGUGCAGUCACAAAAUUUCAUGGGCAAAAAAGGCCCAUUGUCUAGUUCAACAGUGAUGUAUGAAGCACAGCUCACACUCAAGUUGCUAUUUAACCAAGCAGCUUUCUCGUGGUCAACACAGUGAGUUUGUGAAGUCAAACCUGUCACGAAAUCUGUGUGUGAGGAACUAUUUCACCCUCAUGUAAAAUUCCCAAGUGAUUCCUAUUGAAAUAACUGGAUUUUGCCCAUGAAAAUUCACUGAACAACAGUACAUGUGACCACACCUUUAGUGAGGCAGACUACAGCAAACAUCUUGUAAAAGAUCAGUGGCGAAGGCCUGUCAACUGUGAUGUGAGAUAAAUAGACAAGCGGACACAGUUUCAUGUUCUGGACAUUUUUAAAAUGUCUUUAUUGGUGUUAUUACGUAAUGACACAUAACAUCAAUGUUAGCGUUCUAUCACUAGUCAUUUCUUGUUUUAAAUUAUACAACAUUGCUUGGUUUUUGGCAUUUAGGUUCCCUUCAAAAAAAAAUAAAAAUAAAAAGAGGCAAUGAAAUGAACACAUGGAGUCUCAAAACAUUUCCCUUUUCCAUACCAAAGAGCUAAGUGUUCAUUAGCAGCAACUGUUGCUUUUCAUUUUUAGUUAUGUGAUGCUACGUUAAUUGCCAACUCACACAAGUCAGAAGGGUAGAGUGGUAGAGCUUAUCAAUCAGAUUGAGCACUACUUCAUACAGACAUCUGAUGAGGUUAUUUUAGCUCUCAGUUCAGAUGUGUUUUUGAACUGCUGUCAUGGAUGUUUGACCUCUCGAUUCUGAAUUUGCAUUUUAUUAAGUUUGAGUCACACAGGUUUGAUAAGGGGAAAAGAAACUUUCUGUUGUAUCCUUGAAGUGGAGGCAGAGCUUGUAAAGUUCGACAACCAUAUGGUGCCUUAUCGCAAAAACACAAAAAAAGUGUCAGAGUUUACAGGGACACUUGUUCUUGUGUGGGAAGAGGUGGAAGGUGCAAGUCUCUGGUUGCAUGGAAUGAUGGAACACAUCACACACACACAAGACGGCAAAUCACAACGCUUGAGAUGCGGUGGUGAGAAGAGUGUGCGUGCGUCUCAGGUGGUCAACGGCUGUUCAGUCAAACUCACACUAAAACCCUUCAUCACUCUUCAGUCUUUCUCAAGCAAGAUUAUCGCAUAUAAACUAGUUUGACCUUUUUCUCCAAAAAAAAAAAAAAAAAAAAAAAAAAAAGAUAAAUUA